GCCCAAUCACCUUCUUAUUUCCCUGUGCUUAGUGGCGCCCCAUUCCACAAAGCUGACACCUGCUCUCCUCCACCUACCCAAAAUCCUCCUCCAUCUUCCUGCUCCGGCUCAGUCCAAUCCUUCCCUUCCCCUUCCCUUUUCGGCUUCGGCCAAUCCACCGACCGACCGAUCAUCAGCCACCCAGCGAGAGAUUUCUUCCAUCUUCUUCUCUAGAGCUCUCGCAUGGUUCCUUCCGCUGCGCUCGCUUUCUUGGAGCAGAGCAGGUAGCUGCUGCCACCAUACGAUGAUCCGCGAGUUCCUGGCCGUGGCGGCGCGCGCGGCGCUGGAGUGGACGCUGGCUACGCUGCUGCUCGCCAACGGCGCCGCUUUCUGCCUCAUCGCCGCCGCCGCCGCGCGCCUCCGCCUCGGCCCGCCCUGCAUCCUCUGCGCCCGCGUCCACCGCCUGCUCCGCCCCGCCUCUGGCCCGGCCGGCGAGGAGCGCGCCGCCCUGCGCCUCCUCCUCUGCGACGCCCACCUCGCCGCCGUCGCCGACACCGAUCGCCGCGGCGGGGACGCGGGGAAAGGCCGGCUGACGGAGGCCGGUGAUCCGGCGGACAAGGUCUCAGGCAUGGAGACCCACCGCGUCGUCUCCAUCGGCAGCGAGAUCUGCGAGCAGGACCACGACGUCGACGACGGCGUCCAGCCACGCGCCGCCGGCGGCAGCCAUAUCGCGAGAACCAGCAGCAUCGAAGACGGCGGCAGCGGCCCGCUCGUGUCCCUCUUCGAGCUGGCCCCGAUCGUCGCGCAGCCGCGGGGCGGCGGCGGCGACGGCGGCGACUCCUCCGUGGACCCAGCCACGGCGCCGGAGCUGGUGGCCGUGGACGGCGACGAGCGCCUCACCGUCGGGCAGGUCGUCUCCGCGCUCCGCGACCAGAGGCGGGAGCUGGAGGCGCUGCGCGCGGAGCUCGCCGCCGAGCGGCGCGCGCGGGUGGAGGCGGAGGAGUACCAGCGGCAGCUGGAGGAGCAGGGCGAGCUGGACCGGGAGGCGGUGCGGCUCGCCAUGCAGCUCGUCCACGAGAGCGAGACGGAGAAGCACGGCCUGCAGCGGCAGCUCGACGCGUGCAGGGUCAGGGCCCAGCUCUACCAGUCCGAGACCGCCGCCGUGGACGACAACGACGACUUCGCCGGCGGCGAAGGAUGCUUCCGCCGGGGGGCGAACGGGGGCGACGACGGCAACAACUACCAGUCGCUUGUGGACUUCUUGCCGGGGUCGAUGUACUCCUCCUCGCCGGACCUGGCCAACCUCCUUAAACUCUACACCGAGUCCGGCAACGGCGGUGGCCGUCGCCGUAAGAGGGAUGAUCACGACGAGCCGGCCGUUGCGGUGGUUGAGGAAGCAGAGGAGGAAGAGGAAGUCACGGCCGUCCCCGUCUCUGUCACGGCUGCCACCGAAUCCAGCGGGAAUGCUGAUGCGACCACCGCCAUUGUUGCUGAAUCUGUACAUGAACGAAGCACCAAUAGUUGUCACACUGAGACAGUUGCUGAAGCUUCUUAGCUCGUCACGACAUCACUGCCAUCUCUUGUAAAUUGGUUUCUCUUGUGUAAAAUUCACCUUCUAUUUCCUUUUGUUUUGCAUACACAGAUUGAAAGCUUGGGUGGGUGUGCCAGUGUGUGUGUAUGUUCAUACAUGUAAACUGUUUGUCCGUGGAGGGGAGGUGUUUAAGGAGAAGAAAUUUUGAAUCUUCAAGAUGA